AUGCCGCUGCUAAAGGCCAAACUAAUGCUCGAUGAGCUGUCCAGAGAGCUGGAGGACGAAGAAGCGAGCGAUUACCAGCAAGCCCUCGAAGAUCUCCGUCGAAAUCAAAUCAGCGGGUUUCGCGAUCAUCUGAACGAAGACCUCACAUUCGCCGCCCAACUUGAUCGCAUCGAUUUGACGCCGCGUCGUACCAACACCACCACCACCGCCGCUCCCGCCAAUAACACCACCAACAGCAACAACGAGGAAAUGAGCAACAAUAUCAACUCAUUGCUGCAGGGCGCCAACUCGGCGCCGCCGGGUCUUCCGCCGCCACCGCCAGGCCUCUCGCCGCCGCCGACACAACAGCAACAGCCGCCGCAGAGCGCCUCGGGACCAUCGGCCAACGCGAUGCAGCUUCAGGGAACCGCGUUGCCGCACAAUCAGCAAGGCAAGACGUUCGCGCGAGUUCAGGGCACGGCACCGGUGAUGUCGUGCUCGCCGUCGGCGGCUUCUGUGGCUCCGCACGUGGCCAUGGUUGGACCGACUGGCGAGAACGACAGCAACGCGGAAGUCCUCUCAGUGUUCGAAUGCCCGGUGUGCCUUGAAUACAUGCUUCCGCCAUACAUGCAAUGCCAAUCGGGUCAUCUUGUGUGCUCCAAUUGUCGCCCAAAACUUCAAUGCUGCCCGACGUGCCGUGGACCAACACCAAGCGUGCGUAAUCUUGGUCUCGAGAAGAUCGCCAACACCGUUCGCUUCCCGUGCAAAUUCUCCAACUCUGGCUGCAAUCUCAAUUUUCAUCAUUACGACAAGGUCGAGCACGAGGAGCUGUGCGAGUUCCGCCCGUACAGUUGCCCGUGCCCGGGCGCUUCGUGCAAAUGGCAAGGAUCACUCUCCGAGGUGAUGGACCACUUGAAGAAGUCGCACAAGAGCAUCACCACACUUCAAGGUGAGGACAUCGUGUUCCUCGCCACCGAUAUAAAUCUGCCGGGCGCUGUCGAUUGGGUGAUGAUGCAGAGCUGCUUCGAGUACAACUUCAUGCUCGUUCUUGAGAAACAAGAGAAAUAUGAUCCAUCGCUUCCACAACAGAUGUUCUACGCCGUCGUGCAGCUCAUCGGCUCGAAGAAGGAGGCCGACAAUUUUAUGUAUCGUCUCGAAUUGUCGACACUUCGCCGUCGCAUGUCGUGGGAGGCCACACCGCGCUCGAUUCACGAAGGCGUCGCGUUCGCGAUCCAACAAUCGGAUUGUCUCGCGUUCGACACCAACGCGGCGCAAUUGUUCGCCGAGAACGGCAAUCUCGGUAUCAAUGUGACGAUAAGCCGCGCCGACGGCAACACCAGAGACGAAUGUCAGCAAAAUCUUCUAAGAACUGUGUGCCGGCGACGACGCGCCGACGAGAUCGACAUCGAUUGCGUCUACGAAUGA